UACUACAUCACGAAUAUUUUGGUACACACACUGAAUACCGAUUUCAAAGAAAUGUGCUCGCAGUUUUUUUUAGAGUACACUAAUGUAAUAAGCCAUGCUUUGUAUCAAGUUAGGGGGAAAACAACUCAUUAAAUAAUAUGGACUUUAUAGACGGUUAGCAAAGCCAGUUAUACCAUAAAAAACGUUAGUUCACAGUAAGUAAUUUGUUUGAAAUUAGGCAAAAACUCGACAUAACACGUGACAUGAAAGAAAGUCUCAUAACGGUAUAAUAGGUGGGAAGAAAACUUGUUUAAUUUUGCUGUACAGUUUUCUUGUAAUAUUUUACAAAUUGCCCUCCAAGACAGUCUGAUAAAGUGCUAACUCAAAGCUCUCAAGUCUCACGCAUUUCAACCCGCUCACACGCCACACCUUGUUUUUCUUGUGCCGAGAAAUUUCCAUGAUACUGCCCACCAAGUUUUUACAACAGUGGAACAGGUAGGAAUCAAGUGGGUUCCCCGUAGACGUCAGAAGUCGCCUGUCACGUACCAGCAAAUAAAAAAAAAAGAUCAUAUCUAACCAUCAGCCAAUCAAAAAAUAGCAUUGCUUUAUCCAGGUAAGAUUUAGCUAUGAAGGUUCAGACGCUCCAUGAGGUAGCUACAGAAGGGGACACCUGUUGCAUCGAUUCACAUCUAGCUACAGACUGAUCGACAUGGGAGAAGACCAUAUCCUGUGAGUACAUUCUCCGUCUGGUAGGAGAAAAGCUUUACCACCAGAGUGACCCUCAACAGGCUCCUUGAGGCUGGAGGCAUCGUACCUCAGGAGGUGCAGCCAGGCCUCAAAACCUGCCACCAACACCUACAAUAAACAACACUAACCAUUAUAUCUAUCUCUCUCUCACUCACACACACACUCACACACACACAUACAUGCACUACAAUAUGUUAAAUAAAUAUUUUUAUUUGUACGAAUUUAUGUGUCAUUUAUGAGAUCAGAUCCCCGUCCCCACCCCUGCUGCUGCCGCCAAAGUCUCACUCUGAACUCAGUUCAAAACUUGACAGCCCGUGAUUCAUUAUUUGGGUAAAGAUGCCUCCACAUAGAAAUGUCACUUUUCUUCUCUUCUUUUCUAUCUUGCUCUUGUUUUGGAGAAUUUGUCAUGGAGGUAAGAUUCUGGUUGUCCCUGCUGAGGGAAGCCACUGGGUGAACAUGGACAUCUUGAUCAAAGCCCUCCACUCUCGAGGACACUCUGUCGAUGUGGUACGAGCCAAUAAAAGCUGGUACAUCAAGGACGACUCUCCGCACUACAAGACAAUCACAGUUCCCGUCACUGAAGCCUUUAAUCAUGACUUUGUGAACCCGAUCCUGAAAAGGAUGAUUGACAUAGAGAGGGGUAAAACUUCACUUUUGACCAUUGCCGGUUUGCUUUCUGAGCUUUCUUAUACAAUGAUUAACUUACAGAGAAUAAUGUGCAAAAUGGCGACCAUCAUUUUUGAAGAUAAAGACUUAAUGAAUAGUUUAAAGGAGAGUGAGUAUGAUCUGGUCCUUACUGACCCAAUGAUUGGGGUUGGUAUAAUGUUGGCUCAUGCUCUUAAACUACCUCUGGUCUAUAACGUGCGGUGGGUAACUAGCGGAGAGGGGCAUUUGGCUGUUGCACCGUCUCCUUUAUCUUAUAUUCCAAUGACUGGCUCCAAACUGUCAGACAAAAUGACUUUCAUGCAGAGAGUCUUAAAUCAAAUGGUCUAUGUCAUUUGGAAAGUUCAGGAUGCAUUAUUAGUCGACCCUCAGUAUCAAGCAGUUUGUGACAAGUUCUUUGGCCCAGAAGUCAGAUAUAGUGACCUUCUGAGGGGAGCAGAUCUGUGGCUCAUGAGAGUGGACUUUGUGUUUGAGUUCCCUCGUCCCACCAUGCCUAAUGUUGUGUACAUGGGAGGGUUCCAGUGUAAACCUGCUGAACCUUUACCUGAACACCUGGAGGAGUUUGUGCAGAGUUCAGGAGAACAUGGAGUCAUCUUCAUGUCCAUGGGGACUUUUGUGAGUGAACUUCCUGCUGACUUGACAAAUGAGAUGGCUGCAGCUUUUGCCAGAUUGCCUCAGAAAGUCAUCUGGAGGCAUACAGGUGACAGACCAGCCAGUCUGGGCAACAACACUUUACUAGUUGACUGGAUGCCACAGAAUGAUCUUUUAGGACAUCCAAAGAUGAAGUUAUUUGUGGCCCAUGGAGGAACAAAUGGACUUCUAGAGGCUAUUUAUCACGGAGUCCCAGUUUUGGGUCUGCCCUUGUUUUCUGACCAGUACGACAACCUGCUGCGUCUGAAAGAAAGAGGAGGAGCUAAGAUUCUCACCCUCAACGCAGUGGACAAAGACGACAACUUCCUGAAGGCCAUACAGGAAGUCCUGAAUGAGCCCUCGUACAGGAUGAACAUGCAGAGACUGUCCAGGCUGCACAGAGACACACCGAUUAAGCCGAUGGAUACCGCCCUCUUCUGGAUAGAGUUCGUCAUGAGACACAAAGGUGCAGCUCACCUGAGAACAGAGUCCUACAGGCUGCCCUGGUAUUCCUACCACUCUGUGGAUGUAGUUCUGUUCCUGGCCGGAGCUGUGCUGCUCAUGCUUUGUACCAUUUUCCUCUCAAUCCGGUGUUUAUACACUACAAUGUGUAAACGUAAAGCCAAACGUGACUAAUCAUUCAAUCAUUUAAUGUGCAUCUUUUACAUUAAAAGAAUAAAAAUCCACUGUCAAUAUAUGGAUGAAUUUUGAUAACCUUGAGAAUUAUAUACUAUUUGUCUUAAGUGUCCACUCUGUGGAUGUAGUUCUGUCUUUUUUGGCGACCAUUGCAAUGAUUACUUUUCCCUCUUUGUUCAUAAGAUGUGUAUGUCUUGAGAAAUGUUUGAAAAGAAAACUUAAUAAAAAAUGACAAGGCUCUGUU